AUGCUGUCGUCCUGGCUCAACGUGCUGCUCGUCUUCGUCCCUGUCGGUCUUGGGCUGUUCCUGUCCAAUGCCAGCCCGAUUUUGGUGUUUGUUUUCAAUGGCAUCGCGAUCAUUCCGUUGUCAGCGUUGCUCACUGGUGCGACUGAGAAAAUUGCAAGCGAUGCCGGGGAUACGAUAGGCGCGUUUUUGAACAUCAGCUUGGGAAAUCUCGUGGAGUUGAUCUUGUUUGUGGCACUCAAGCACAAUCAAAUUCAUGUUGUGCAAGCGUCCAUCCUUGGUUCGAUGCUUGUAAACUUGCUGCCGAUUCUCGGUAUGGCGCUAUGUGUCAACGGCCUGUGGCAUGACGACCCGGUCCUCAACACAACAGAGACGCAACUUCUCAGCUGUCUGCUGUUCGUCUCUGUGUUUGUCUUCCUCAUCCCGACAGCGUUCUAUCACACCUUCAACGACACCGAAGAUGCCGGCGGGGCAAUCUUGAAGAUGAGCCGGGCAUCAGCAUUGAUGGUACUGCUGAUUUACAUACUCUAUUUCGUUCACGAGUUCAGGACACACUCUGCAAACCGUUCAUACCACGCAGCCCCGACACACUCUUUCGACCUGGAAAGCCUCCCCACCUCUCCGUCAAUACCUGCACAACAGGCGAGGCAUCAGGUUCAAGAAGCUGUUCCUCCCAAUCGAACAAUUCGCUUCGCAGACGAAGGGACAUCAAAGAAACGUCAGGAUGCCCCUAAUACAACAGGAUAUUCGUCGCAGCUGGACGGAAACGAGACAUCUGAAUCCGAGUCGGACGAUGACAAACCAGAAGAGCGCCGUGGUCGGGAGACCUGGAAACCACGGAAUGCCUUCGAUCGGCCUAGCUCUCAACAUUCCUUGGCGAGAACGCACAGUCGGUCGCUGUCGCUUUCCGGUAGCUCUCGCUGGACAACCCUCAGCCGAGAUGGGUCCACCGCCGGCAUCGAACAUCGAAGAUUAGUCAGGUCAGGGCUCGCCAACCUACAAGCCCUUCGUAGUAGUCGUGCAAGUCUAGACAACACUCGCGGCGAUCAAAUGCAGCCUUCAAAGUCGAUCAUGGAGAGGCUCAUUCCCGUCAUGAUUCUCAUCAUCAGCUCUGGGUUGAUGUCCAUGUGCGCCGAGUUCCUCGUCAGCACGAUCGAUGAAGUAACCCACCAGGGACACCUCUCCGAAUCCGUUAUCGGCCUCAUCAUCUUGCCAAUUGUCGGCAAUGUCGCCGAGUAUGUCACCGUGGUGACGGUGGCAUCGAGGGAGAAGCUGGACCUCGCCAUUGCGGUCGCCGUGGGGUCAUCAAUCCAGAUUGCCCUUUGUGUGGCGCCCUUGACGGUCCUUGCGGGAUGGAUUCUCUCUCGAGACCUGUCUCUCAGUUUCACCCUCUUUGAGGUAGCCGCCCUGAUGGGUACAGCACUCUUGGUGAAUCUGUUGAUCCUGAGCGAUGGGAAUAGCGUACUGCGGACAAGCGGACUCAAGGGCGGUCUCAUGUGCGCCUGCUAUGUUAUCAUCGGAGUUGGAGCAUACCUUUCUCCGGAACUGGACGGGUAG